AUGGAGACUUCAGAACCUACUCACCCUCCCCCGUCGUCCACGGAUCAGCAAGCCUCUGUACCUGGCAUUCCAGGGGGCCCAGGUGGGCAGGCCUCACCUCGCCUGACCCUGGGACCUGUCAUCCUGCCACCGGAGCAGGGCCUGGCCCCAACUGUGUUCUUGAAGGCCUUGCCUGUCCCAUUAUACCACACGGUACCUCCCGGGGGGCUCCAGCCACGUGCGCCCCUGGUAACAGGCAGCCUGGAGGGGGCUAGCGUACCCUUCAUCCUCAGCCCCUUGCUGCAGCCUGAAGGGCCCAGUGCCACCCAGGUGGGCAAGCCAGCCACCCCGGCUCUGACUGUGAACAUCGUAGGCACACUGCCUGUACUCUCCCCAGGCGUGGGGUCUGCACUGGUCAGCACAGGCAGGGUAAAGAGUACUGGUAAGUACCUGUGCCCACACUGUGGCCGGGACUGCUUGAAGCCCAGUGUGCUGGAGAAACACAUCCGGUCCCACACAGGCGAGAGGCCCUUCCCGUGCCCCACCUGCGGCAUCGCCUUUAAGACCCAGAGCAACCUGUAUAAACACAGGCGGACACAAACACAUCUCAACAACUCCCGCUUGUCCUUGGAGUCUGAGGGGAGUGGGAGCAGCCUUCUGGAGGAGGGAGACAGGCCCGGAGAGACUGCCUCAGUGGAUAGUCGUGGAGAUGAAGGAGCUCCAGAGAGCGCCCUUUCCCCAAGUGUCCACCCUACCCUUGCUGCUCAGAACAGGGAAAGGAAGGUGGACUCUCUCGGGGCCACCCUUUCUCACAGGGAGGCCUCUGUGGAUCAGACCCAGGUGGUAUCACCUGAGUUCCCACUAGCCAGCCCACAGCCUAGGCGGAAGCUGCCAGAACCAAAGCCAGGCUUCCUGCAGCGACAGCAGGAUACCUGUUCAGAGAAGCCCUGGGACCCCAGGGCCUUGGAGGGCCAGCUGAGGAAGUGUGAGAGCACAGACUCUGGCUACCUGUCGCGCUCAGACAGCGUGGAGCAGCCCCCUGUUGCCUCUAGCCCCUUGCAUAGCCUAUCGGAGCACAGCGCGGAGUCGGAGGGGGAAGGAGGCCCUGGCUGUUCCUCCUCAGGCAACAGGGCCGAACAGGGAACACCAGGACCCAGCCUAGAGAUAGAGAAGAAGAAGCUGGAGGAACGAAUUGCCCUGCUCAUCUCUCACAACCAGGCAGUAGUGGAUGACCCACAGUUGGACCAUGUGCGGCCCCGCAAGACUGUGCUAUCCAAGCAGGGCAGCAUCGACUUGCCCAUGCCAUAUACAUACAAGGAUUCCUUCCACUUUGACAUCCGGGCGCUGGAGCCCAGCCGCAGAAGGGUCGCCCUCAGUCCGGCCCGCUCCACCUUCACACCCCUGGAAAAGGCCAGGCCUCUCUUUUUCCACUCAGUCCCCACGCAGCUCUCCACCACAGUGGAGUGUGUCCCUGUCACCAGAAGCAACUCGCUGCCUUUCGUCGAGGGUUCUAAGUUGUGGCCAGAGCCACCACGGGACUCACAGGACGCUGUUCCAGGGGUGCAGAAGGCCCUGAGCCCCAGGCUCACCUCAACCCGGCUGGGGUGCCGCCCAGGACUGACCUUGGCAAGCAUCCCCAGUGGUCACCCCCGGGCCCUGGUUAGACAGGCUGCUGUGGAGGACCUGCCGUGUACGCCCACUGGAGACCCCGCAGCUGUAGCUGAGGACCCGGAUGGAAAGAGAGCUGUGGCAAAGGAAGGUGUGGCGUACAAGGGCAGAGCCAGUAAAAAGUGUAGCCAGAGGAAGCAAAGGAUGUUCUCCCAGGAGAAAUGGCAAGUAUAUGGAAAUGAGACCUUCAAGAGGAUAUACCAGAAAAUGAAGACCAACUACCAGGGAAGACAGAAACACAGGGAGGUGAAGCCGGCCCAAGGGACAGAACUGGGCCUUCCUCCUCCUCAGGAACAGGUAGGAGGGAGUGCCGAUGCAGGCCUGUCUCAAGACAAUAGGAUCCCUAUCCUUGGAGACACUACAGCGGGGGCUAAGCCGGGGUCUUGGAGACGUCGGCCGUCCCUGGAAGACUCACUGGAGGCUGAGUCUCUUAAGCAGCUGAAGGUGGUGGCCAGAGUCAAGUCAUCUCCUACCCUUGGCAGCACAGUUGGCCUCUGCUCGAGUGGCAAGAGCCCUUUGCUCUCUCCAAGUGGGAAAUUGGACCUGGGACACCAGCUGCCUCCAAUGCCUGGGCCUUGCCAAGGAGGAGACUUAGAAGCUCCUGAGACAGCUUCAAAAGACCCAAGUGGUGAGGUUAUAAAAGAAACCAGCCCUGGGGUCCAAACUCUCCUCCGGCGGUCCAGUGGUGGGUCUGUGGCUCCACAGCUUGCAGAAGACAAGUUACCCUCAGAGAGGAAGAGACUGAAGGUGGAGGCUCUGGACCAUCAGGAGCAGCCAGGGCCUCCGGAAGCUGAGACCUCAGGAGGCUCUGUGCAGGCUGACCCCCAGCCAUCCCAGAAACAAGACAGUGACCCUCAGGAAGCGCUGGGUUGCUCAAAUAAGAGUAUCCUGCAUGUGUCCACAGCCCCAGAGCCCUCAGAUGUCUCUUCAGCUGCUUCUGCUGUUGCCCUGAGAUGUCUAGGGCUAGAAGACCAGGAUUCCCUAUUGCCUUCUGUACCCAGGACUCCUGGACUUCAUUCCCUGCUGCCUGCCCAGCUCCAGGAUCCUGGUGUCCCUACUGCUCAGUCAGGUGUAUCCUUUGCUCCCAAGUACCUCCUCAGGUUACCUCAGGGAGAGAACCCCUCAUCGCUGGUUGCUCCAGGGUUUGGAAAAGGCUCAGACUCUCUGUGUACAAGUACACAGCCUGUAGAACAGGCCCUUCUUGUUGGAUCAGAACUGGGAAUGCUCCAGCCACCUGGAGCAUAUUCAGGCUCAGGUGAGGCAGGUGGCAGCCCCAAGGACCCUAGCUGGUCCAAGUCAAGGGAUGAAAAAGAAGAGGCACAGACAGGAAGAGAGAAAAGAGACAGGACCAGCGACAGCAUCCCAGGGACUAGACGCUCUCCUGACCCCAGAACCAGCACCAUCCAGGAGAUAGCCUCCAUUCUGUCUACUCACACCUGUGACAUUCACGUGGCCCAGGGGGUAGUGAGUAAGACCCAUACCAUUCCUUGCCUCUGCACAGACAGCCUGCCAGCAAGAGCUAGGACAUGUGGGAAUCUCUUAAACCCUUGGACAUCAUCUCAGAAGCUGGGGACGCCUCCUAAGAAUGCCACAGAAGGUCCUCCUUUAGAAACCAAGGAAGGGCUGCCCACCUGCUUUCUAUCCCAAGCAUACUAUUUCCUUACAACUUUCACAAAGCCCCAGGCUAUUUCCCUGAACCAGCAGAAACUGGCCUUGUCACACAGCUUAGGAAACCCCAGGAGCGGUGAGGCCACAAGCUCCUUCCCGUCACUUAAGGCUGAGCCCCAGCUCACAUGGUGUUGCUUGAGUCGAAGCCUGCCCCUGCCUGCAGAGCAGCAGAGGGCAGCUCCUGGACACUUGGCUUCAUCCCUGCCUAAUAGAAACCUCCAGGGUGACAGUAACAAAACAUUGCCUGGGAGCAGUAGAGGAAGGACCCAGACGGGCCGAGGAGGAGAAGGAUCUACGCAGACACCUGAGCUUCCCUAUCCAACAGUCCCAGGGCUGAGGGCCGAGGACCAAGUGUCCAGGCCACGGUGGAGGAAAGAACUGUGGCGUAGGAGGGUGAAGACAUCUCGUGAGAAUGCCAAGCAGAAGAAAUUGAUGCUUCAAUCCAAGAGGUGUGAAGGGAGUUUCUGGCAGAGAGCCAAACGACUGUGCAAGCCACCCUGGUUGCCGAGAAGAAGCUGUCUCCCCCACCGACUUGAGGGGUUAGAGCCACGGGGGACCCUUGGGAGGAGUUCAGCAGAAGCGUCAGGUCUAAACGUACAAGGAGAGCCAUCUUGUGCCAGCAAAGACUUGUCUGUUGAUCGUAGGAACAAAGACGGGAAAGGUGACUGUAGUCAGACUUCAGGACCCAUGUCUCCUGCUACAAACUCAAAAACCAUCUUGGAGACAGACAAAUCAACUCUAAAGGAUAUUUCUCCAGCUGCUGGUGAGCGCCAUGACUGUUCUCAGGAGAAGGAGCAUGCUGAUGGGUUCGGACUAUCUCUGCAAUCUAAUAUGCUCUUGGCAGUGUUUCAGGAAGAUCUGCCUCAGGGCAAAGGUCUUGGUGUUGAACCUCCAGGAGCUCAGCUGCUACCUUCCCAGGAUCAAGUCUCCAUAGUUCCCAACUUGAGCUUCUCCUCAGAUGUUCCACAGCUGCCUUCUUCCUUUAGAUCUAAAGGAAUAUUUCCCCACCGUGACAUUGCUACCUCUGUGGCCGCUAUUUAUGUUUCCGAGGGGAUAGGAACAGGGCACAAAACACUGGGGCCUCAUGGUACAGAGUCCUGUGCAGAGGAGCCUCUGGCACGAAGCUCCCCAGACAGAAGAGCCACACCAGAUAGCAUACCACAGGUGCUCCUGCCAGGGAGGCCUUCGCCUGGUAAACAAUCACCUGGGAAAACUCUAGAAAUACAACCUUCAGUACCGAAUUCAGUCGGUUCACACCAGGAGGAAGCAAGAGCCCAGGCAGAUUUUCCUUUAUGGGGCCAAUAUGGAUGUGGGGAUCUGACCAUCCAGGGUGCUGCUUCAGGAAGCGAGAGUGGGACUUGUCAAGCUGAAGGGUUAAUUACCCCCAAGACUGUCACAGCUCCUUCUAACCAAGGACAACCCUCGGAAGUCCCGGAAGCCCGUUUGAGAUCCAUCCGAAAGAGGAGUUUGGAAGGAAUGAGGAAGCAGACACGGGUGGAGCUCAGCGACACCAGCAGUGAUGACGAAGACAGACUGGUCAUCGAGAUAUGACAUGCUUCCAGAGAAAGAUGGUGGCAAUGGACAAGGCCUGGGGAUCUUCUGGGAUGAACAUUACCAAGUGUCAUGGGCACUGAACUUUAUUUAUAAAACAUCUAGAGACUAGGAAAGCCAUCUAUGAUUUCUUCAAGCCAACUCUAACCAACACCGUGCCCAGAUCCAGCCAUACCUUUCUUUAGCUUCUCUUAGACAGACCUUGGACUCUUCUACAUCCAUCUAGAAGAGUCAAAAUGACCAAGAAGGGCCAUUGCAGGAGAAUCUGAAGUGCACAGCACCAACUCGGUGCUGUAAUCUUCAUUGCCUCAUACAGUACAAGGUCACUAAUCAGAAGAGCCAUAUGGGACUUUGUUCCUGAUCAGUGAGACCCCACAGGGUCAACACACCUGACAUCACCACCACUAAGAGUGGCAAACACAUCCGGGGUCAUUUGAGUAGCUUGAGGGGGAAGGAUGGGGUUUGAGCUGGGCACCAAGAUGGCCCCAUGCACUUUGGAGACUAACUCCAUUCAAAAACUGGUCAGGGCCAGCCAUCCUCUUAACGAGUACUGUAAAUAUAUAUCACAAUGCCUACGGUCGUUUCAUAUGUGGCACAAAUGGUUGAUACUUGUUUCUGGUCCAAUAACACAAGCACGCGUGUUCCUUGUACCUGGUGCCUUUUCUGUGAGAACCCCCCAAAAGCCUUGGGUUGUUUUUUUUCUAUUCUAUUUUUUAGGUCUUGCAAAGGAACAUUGCAUUAAGUUAGUGAAGUAGUCACUGUAGUGAGUCAUUUUUAUUUUUGAGGGGAGAACUCGCAUAUUUUCCUCUGAUUCUUUUUGUCAUACUGGGCUCUGAGCAAUUUCAAUUAGUGGGUUACAUUUUAGUAAUCUGUGCAGCCUGAAUUGAUGAGGCCCAUGCCUCGUGAUGGAGCCGUUCUGACUUCCUCCAGAAGCUUCUAUGGCACAAAACUAAUUGGAGUUUUGACGCUGUCUUACAUCUUGGUAAUUUUAUUUUGGGGGCUUAGUGUUACUUUGCUGUCAAAUUAAAUCAGCCUUUGUAUUGUGAAUCUCAGAACAGCACAGAUCAAAUUCCCCAGCAUUCCAAGCCAGUGUGCCUCUGUGCGGAGGCAAGGUCUGCGUCAGCCAGCCCACUACGCAGGCCUCAGGUUCCCAGCCAUCCUCUCCUUCCCCUUAAAUGGGAGAGGGAAACUUCAAGAAGUUUACACUGCUCAGUCCUCUACUAUUUUCUAUUUGCCGUGGUAUGAUUUUGUACAAUUUGUGAUUUCUAGCAGAACUGUUGGCUUAAUGCCGAGGUAGUGGUGGUCACGUGACAUCUCGUGCUCCCAAGCAAGGCAGCCAGAAGCACCGGCCUCACACGCG